AUGCUCAACGGAAAAAAGGCAAGGCUGUUUUCUCUCCCCGUCGCUGAUGCAUACUAUCAGACAUCCCUAUGGCCAAGUGUGAAGACUUCUCUCAUUCUCGCGGAUGCCGCAGCCAUUAAGGUUCCGAAGUCCUCAAAUUUACGAGUCAUGCAAAUGCUGAAAAGGAGUGCCCAGGAAGUAACUACGUCCCGUGCACGCUUUCCCAAACCUCUCGAAGAUUACGAACCGCUCAAGAUAUUCGGCCCAAGUAUUCUCACUUCGGAAGGAGAGGAAUGGAAGAGAUACCGAAAGUAG